UAGCGUAUUGCGAUGCAUUCGAAAUCAAAAGUGUUAGAUAAUAAGACGCUAUAAUUACACGGCUAAUUGACAAUAUUAUAUAAGAGUACUAAAUCCACUCUUUAGGUAUCGAAUCAUCCGCGCGUGUCUAUAUAAUUUCGAAGAUGACACGCGACUUUCCUGGACGCACUUAUCCUUCCAAAGAGAUCGUGAUCACUCGCGAUGGUUCGAUGCACUCGAUGCACCGUCGAAGGAGACGCGUUGCAAACCGUUGUCCUUCUACAGUUCUACGGUGAUAUAGGCUGGUCCGAAGUUGGAUUAUAGUGCCGAUCGAAGAGUACUUUCGCCGAGAAUCGCCCGUAGUGGGGGACUUGAAUCCAGGAACCCCAUGGGCCAUAUAUACUACGGACUCAUGCAGUACUCUUGUUACUUGUGGUGUCAGCUUCUCGGAGAUUCCCGCUGUAGAAGUGUACGAGGAAACGCAUAGAAGAGAAGCUGAUAAAGCGAUAUAAAAUGAAACUGCUGAUCGUAUACGCGCUCAUGAGCCUCGCGGGUGCCGCCCCGGGUCUCCUCAGGGUCCCAAAGGUGUACAACGCCGUCAUCACGAGCAAUCAGAAUUUGUCGCCGUCGCGGGCGUUUCCGGUGAUACAACCGAUCAUCCAUCGAACUGCCGUCGGUUACGUGCCGCCGUUCUAUUAUACCCAAAUAGCGCCUCAAUUCGUCGCACCGGAAGUGGUGCGUUAUCCGUUGCUCGGUGCCACCGACGAUAAGGUCGCCGGGAACGAUCAGGCCUCGUCCUCGACGUCGCGUCUGGCCGAGUCGACCAGUUUCGGCGUCGGAAAGGAUCGCAAUCAGGAUCGCGAGACGGAGAACGACGAUUCGAGGAGCAGCGAAGUACCCUCGAAGAACUCCACGAAGAAGAACGAGCAAGUGCCGUUGAGCUUCUACCCGAACUAUCAGUCCCUUUAUUACGAGCCAUACAUUUAUACGUACAACGGCUUUAAUCCGCACCUCGUGCCCGGUACUUAUUACAUUGAUUACCAGCCUUACGGUUCCCUGCAACCGAUCCCGGCGACUACGCCAAGAAAUGUCGACUCCGACCAUCUGUUACCGAGCUUCCACGACGAGAAGAGAGAUCAGGCGAGGAACGAUAAAGAGAAAAUACCGAACGUCCCGCCUCCGCCUCUUCCGACAUCCGUGCCGAAGAGAUCUUGAACCAUAAAGUUGAAGGUAUUCCCAACUGAAUCUGGCUGGAAGGAAGGCAUUUUGGUUAAACCAAGCAGAAUUUCUAGUUAUCAUAAGACUCGAUUUCUUACAAUUAGAUUUGUUUAAUAGAUUUUACUACAAGGAUUUGGUUAGUAUUUUCUAGUUGGUUCUAUAAAACAUGGACACAGUGAUGCCAUUUUUGUUGUGAGUUUAGUAUUAUUAUCAAGAAAAUUUGGUCAAUUUAACAGGAAGAAAUUAUCAUACUCAUCUGGUUUUCUAGAGGAAUUCGUUCAUUUUCCAACAGACAUGCUGGUUGAAUCUACCAGAUUUCUAAUCAACCAGAUUUUUUCUCAGUGUGAUAAGAUGCGGAAGCAGAAGCUUUGAAAUUUUAUAUGUAACGCCAUUAGCUAUGUCAAUAUUUAGGCGACCAUCGUUUUUCUUCCUUUUUUUAAAUCUUCUUUUUCCAAGUUAAAGACGUCUUUGUCGUUACGUAUUGAAGAACAAUCAAUCAAGCGAUGUCACGUGAAGUAGUUGUGCAAUCAAUUGAUAUUUAGUAUGUACAUUAGUCACGUUAUAUUGAACUUUGACUGCAAUUAAUCUUGAAGUAAUCUCCAAUAUUUUUGCAUAAUGCAUGUUGUCCGACAGAGUUGAAAAAUUUUGUCUGUGUUAAUGUUAUAUCGUCUAUUUUAAUGUUGAAUUAAUAAUAGAAUACUUAAAUUAUUUUUGUAAUUUACACAAGUAUAUUUUACGGAGAGAUGUAGAAUGAGAAAGAUAGAGGAAA